ACUGCAUACAUUUGUUGCAGUUUACUGUGGAAAGUUGAUACAGUACUUUAAAAAUUGUAUAAUAUCUUAUGCCAAAAUCAUCAAGCCUCAAUCUUGGCAGACUCAGACUUGAGCGUUUUGAUAUACAAUUUAAAUCCCCGGGAGUUGAAAGUAGGCCAGGAAGAAUAAACACCUGACUGCACCUGACAGGUAGAUAAUACAGGUAACAAUAUGAUUUAAGUACAUAAUUGUCAGGGAGGACAGCCACCAUUAUGCAGUCAGCCGGGUUCAGUUGGUAGAGCACCUGACUAGAGAUUCAGGGGCCCCGGGUUCAAAUCCCGGUCUGGUCCGUUGCAUUUUCUCCCUUCCUGUUACACAUGUAAAUACUGAUGUUGUUUAUAAACGUUGUUUAUUCAUAUUCAAAUCCACGAGCAGAUCUGAUGAUGGACCCUCGUACCAGUGCCCAGGACAUGAUGCAAUGUGACCUGUGUGAGACCGCUGUGGUACAGAUGCACUGUGAUACGUGCCUCGUCAAUUUGUGUAAGGCCUGCGUGGGAAACCACAUCUCAACUGAUGAAUGCAAGGAUCACAAAGUCGUUACUUUCCAGUUCAGAAAAUCCACCCAUGGUUCCAGUGUAAAGACAAAACAGAAAUCCCAUGAAGCUUCAUCCACUCCUGUCAUCAAACAACUGCUUAAUGAACCACAGACUGUCACCACCAUACACACUGGGUAUGGAAACCUUUACAACGUGGCCUGUCUGAGCGAUGAAGAAAUCUGGACACAAGGAGAUGACACCAUCAAACUCUUCAGCAUCAGUCAGGAUUCACUACUCAGGUCAGUCACAACCAAGUCAGGGUACACUGCAGAUGACCUAGCAGUGACAAACAGUGGGGAUCUGGUUUAUACUGAUUACAGAGAUAAAUCUGUGAACAUUGUAAAGAAUGAAGAGAUACAGACCGUGAUCAGAGUGAAGGGGUGGAUACCUCUCUAUGUCUGCAGUACCUCCUCUGAUGAUCUUCUGGUUAUCAUGGUCAGUGAUGAUUUCAAACAAUCCAAAGUUGUGAGUUACUCUAACUUCACAGAGAAACAAAGCAUUCAGUUUGAUGAUCAGGGUCGUCCUCUCCAUUCAUCUGGUUAUCAUAAAUACAUCAGUGAGAACAGGAACCUGGAUAUCUGUGUGGCUGACUAUGAAGCUAAAGCAGUAGUGGUCAGGUCAAUCAGGCCGGGAGACUGAGAUUCAGGUACACUGGACAUACUCCUGCUCCAAAGAACCAACCAUUCUAUCCACUAGGAAUCAACACAGACAGUCAGAGUCACAUCCUUACAGCUGAUGAGAACAAUGACUGUGUCCACAUCAUAGACAAGGACGGACAGUUCCUCCGUUACAUAGACUGUAAACUGAAUGGACCCUGGGGACUGUGUAUAGAUACAAAUGACAAUCUGUUUGUAGCUCAAUAUAGAAACAAACAAGUGAAGAAAAUCAAAUAUUUGCAAUGAAAUAAGACAUCAGUGAUGGAUUUAGACAGCAGUGAAUAUUCAUACAUGUACAAUUGUUUUGUUUCAAUAAGUUUUAUUUCUUCAUAUAAAAAGCCAAUAUAAAUUAAAAUAUGAAUGUGUUGAUAAAAAUCCCCAAAACAAAGUAAAUCAAGUAAAAUGCAUACAUAUGGCGUAUAUUUCAAGGGCAAUGUUUGUUUAAAGGGGAGACAGUAUAAAGCAAUGAUGGACUAUGUAUUUUUUAAUCUA